AUGGCCGCAGCAUCAGCCUCGUCCGGUACUGAGAACUGGGACGACGACUUUGUGUUUGGCAACGGCUCGUCUCCGAAAGCCCAGGCCAAGGCAAGAACAUCUACGACUAGCACACCCUCACGACGCGUGGCCGAGCCCGCAGACAACGAGAACACCGUGCGCGCCUCGCCGCGUCGCCAACACCCGCCCACGCUCGCCACCUGGGCCGAGCCCGGGCCGUCCACGCCGCCCAAGCAACGACACGCUCCUACGCCCGUGAAACAGGAAGAGAACUGGGAUGACGACUUUGAGGAUCACGACGAUAAUGUCGAGUCGCCCGUGUCGCCAUCGAGCGCGCGCCCCAAGCCUGUCGCGGAGCCGGAGAACUGGGACGACGAUUUCGAGGAGCAGCCUGCGCAUCACGCUCACGUGGGCGACUGGGACAGCUCUGACGAGGAGGACAAUUUCGCGGACCAGGAGGAUCGGACGGUGACGGCGCGCAAUCGACGGGCGCUCAUGCCCAAGAACACGCAUCACUCGCCCCCGCCGCCUCUCCCGCCCCUGCCGCCCUUGCCUCCAUCUCAGAUCCCGGGAUCUCCCGCCUUCUCCACAUUCUCCAUGCCCGCAUCCAGCCAUCGAGACUCGAUCGGCUACGCGUCGCUGUCCCACGUGCCUCUCAGGGCUGGUAGCACAUCGGCGCUUGCCAUGCUGCCGCCCAGCCCACCCGUACAGCGCGAACGACGCAGGCUGAGGAAGAAGUCGCGGCCUACGGAUAACAACGUGUUUGAGCUGCUCGAGCGCACUCAGGACAUUCCAGAGGAUAUUCCCUCUCCGCCUCGACCAUCGCCACCCGACCUCCCUCCAGCUUUGCCGCCCCAACCACCAGAACAAACUCCAGCCAAACCCGCACUUCUGACACGAGGCAUAGGCUCUGUCAAGAAAUGGGGAGCGCGCCGAAAGAGGAUGAGCACGGGUCCCUCAGAUGUCAUCGAGAACGAGGCCACGCCACGCGCGAGCACGUCGCAGCAGCACCAGCAGCGAUCUGCGCAUUCUUCCCCAUCUUCGCGCCAAACAUCCGGCUCGUCCUCCGGCUGGUUUUUUCGAAAUUCUGGCGGGCAACAACACGGAGCUGAGCACGCGUCGGGCUCCCCGCCAGCUGCCGACGCAUCCUCUCCCUCGCUCAAGCGCCAGCGUAGCGUGGCGUUCGCAGGGGCGAAUCAGCUGCAGGAUAGUCCGACGAAGAAGGGCAAGAGGGCUGGGCAAGCGGCUGUUCUUGGUCGACGACCAGUCACUCCUGCGUCUUCGGAGGGCGAGUUGCCACCUAGUCCUGCUAGAAGAGGCCAACGGCCUGCUAGCAUGCACAUGCCGCCCUCGCAGCAGAGCGGCAAACCACCGUUCCCGCGGCAGACGAGCCACGGUGCAUAUGCUCUUGGUCGCACGUCCUCACGCUCAACGUUCAGUGCAAGCACGGACGACGUACACUCUCCCGUACUCGACGAAGGCUCGAGCGGUGGCCCGAUCAUUAGGGGUAUCAGACGGAUAUCGCUGGUCGGGAGGCAUAAGCGGAACAAGAGUGCCAGCGGGAGCACGGCUAUGAACGAGGCGCCACCUCUGCCCAAUCCUAUGCCACAGCUACCCGUACCGCAGACGCCAGGCGCGCAAAGCGAGCUGUUGCCGCCUAUCGAACUACAACCACCCUCACCGCCGCGCGUGGGCGGUAUGAGGAACCGCGAGGCUUCGGAGAGCACGGUCGGCUCGACGGAUACGAACGAUACUAUCGAGUCACUUCUUCUACGACCUUCUCAAGAAGCCGCGCGCUCAGCGCCACAUCUGCCUACGCCUCAGUCCUCGCCGGGUCGUACCGUGACGCCACGAGCUAGUCCUACGAAGAUGCUCCUCUCGUCCAUCGCUGGAGGUUCUCCGCAGAGCGCGAGUCUAGGUCGUGCGACGCAGCCACCUGUGAUCGGCGUUGAGGUCCUAAGCAACGAGAAGGACAAGGUACCCCGACGCAAUUCAUUGGGCGAUCUCAAGAUUCCGAGCAGGAUCUCGGCGGCGCAAGUCGGGCUCAAGCAGAAUAUGACCAUGGUCAGGGAAUUCUCGACGAGCGUCGAACGCCUCAAAGGCCUCCUCGCGUCCUACGCGUCUCUUACAUCCGACGCCGACGCCGCCGUAUCCCAGAUCGAAGCUGCAUCAGCUUCGGCGCGGCCGCCCUCACGCGCAAUGUCUCCGCCCGCGAUAUUCAAGUCGAGCAAAUCCAAAGCCCGCACGCGAUCCAAUACAAACCCGGAUCCCUCCGCCGACCCGUUCGUGUUGGCGUACUACCGUCUUGAUGCGCAAUAUCGCCUCACAUGGGAGUGUGCGGAACUGCUCGUCGAGCUCGGCACAGGGUCGGGGAACGCCGGUACUGGGGGCGGACAGGAGAGGCCGGGAAGUAUGCUUGAGAGGAGCGGCACGACGGGCACGACGUCGCGCAAGAACCGCGAACGAGCUGUGACGCUCGCUGGCGACGAACCCGGUCCUCCGCCUCUACCUGCGACCGCACUGGGCUGGCGCGCGUCCACGGGCCGCUCGGAUCUCAGCCAACGCCAGCUCUCGCUCCUGAAAGAGAUGCUCAAUAAAGACUCGGAAGGCUCGUCGCCGCCGAGUCUGAUGAACCUCCCCGAAGAACUCGUCAAGAUGCAGGGCGGGAGCAGUCAUCUGAAUAGGAGCUGGAGGUGGGGAGAGGGCAUGAGCUCUACCGUCACGCUCCCGAGCGAGGAGAGCGGCGCGAGCGGGAGCGGGUCGAAUGGGCAGGGGCAGGGCCCGAGUCGGUUGAGCCAGAAGACGCCGACGAAGAAGCCGAGUAGAUUGGGGAUGAGGGGGUUGAGGGAUAUGCUCAAGUCCCUCACGUCUUCGAACAACAACAACUCGAACUCAAACUCAAACCACUCGCAAUCGAUGCAUUCGGGCAGCCCUCGCUUUGCGACGAUGAGCGCGAGUGUUAGUACGGAGAGUUCGCUCAAUCUGCACCUGGCGCAUCUGAACCAGCAGGGUCUUCCGCGCCCGCCCUCGAGACAGGACUCUGGGCAUGAUACGAACGCAGCGCAGAGGAGACGGGCGAAGACCAGCGCAGGUCCGAGCUCAUCUACGUCUUCCAUCCGUGCCGCAUCGCCGCCCAUGCCUAUCCCCACACCCAAAUCCGGCUCGCAGUCCUUCGCGCACAAGUCCCCUCGCCGGCCCUCCAUCGCUUCGAUCUUCCGCUUCGCGCACAAGGACAAAGAUAAAGACAAAAGCAAUCGUGCUUCGCCCAGUCAUGAUUCCGGCGCGCUACCUCAGGCUGGGACGAGCUCGGGCGAUAACAGUGAGGAAGACUGGGACAGGCUGGACGAGUACGAUAUCGACAUGAGCAGUACAGUGCGCGGUCGGAAGGAGAGGGCGAAGAGUCCGUUCCAGCCUCCGCCGCUCCCGCCACAACCCGUGACGCCACGCAAGACGGGCUCGAGAUCCAGUCUGAGCUUGCCGCUGUUCAAUAACAACGACUCGCAGAUCAGUCUCGGGCCGGGUCCUUCGUCCGCUACUAUACAGCCUCCCGCACCUGCACCGGCUCCGAUUCUUGUGGCGAGUGCUCUGCCGCCACAUGCUCUGGCGUUCACCCGCCCGACGCGCCUCAGUAACGUCGAAGAGACGGCUGAGCACUCUGGCGCCGAAGCUCCCCCUGCACGUCCCAUGGUCCCCGCCUCCGUCAGACGCGGCUCCCAACGGUCUAAGACAAAGAAACGAACAUCCCAGUCGCCGCAUCGACCGCUCACGGGCUCUGCUUCUACCAGUCGAAGCGGCUCCGUACGCGGCGGGAACCCGACGAUGGGGAUGACGCCGGCUGCGCUUGCGCUUGCGCCGGAGAAUAUUAGGCCGUUGGUGGAGAGCGCUAGGGAGGUGCUUGGGAAGUGCAGUACGUGUGUCGAGGAGCUGAGGAUGUUGCUUGAUGGGAGACCGGGGGUCGUUGCGCAGGUGCGGGUGUAG